GGACCAGUUUCUCUCUGUCUGUCCCACCACUCUCACUGUCGACCUCCUUGAGGAGUCCCUGCUAGCGGCUGAGAAGAGUAUUGUCGCUGUAGGGGCCUCUCGGGUGACCCUCGCACCCCCAUCUUUGAGGGGUGUGGUCCUUCCCCCUGCUGCCCUCUGUCGCCUCUGCCGCUGCGGCCGACCUCACUGUUUUGAGUCGGUCGGCGCGGCGUCUGCCCCCAGCGGCAGACGCCGCUCUGGCAAGGCAAGGGGGCAAGGGGCGGGUGGAGCUCGAGGGGGCGGUGGAGGAGGCGGUGGGGUGGCGGGGGAGUGGGGGUGGCGGUGGGGGUGUGGCGGGAGUGGAGGUACUGUGGCGGCGGUGGAGGCGGAGGUGGCGGCGGAGGUGGUAGCGGAGGAGGCGGUGGGAGCGGUGGGAGCGACGGUCCUGGUGGGGGAGGUGGCGGUGGAGACGGGGGUGGCGGUGGAGGCGGGGUGGCGCGUGGAGGCGGGGGUCGGAGUGGCUCGUCCCAGCGGAGCAGCUCUGGGGGUGGUCAGCGCCAGCAGCAGCAGCAGCAACAGAGCAGCCGCAGCAGCAGCCACAGCAGCAGCAGCGCUCAUCGCACCGUGA